CUACGUGAAGCCUUUAUGUUACACGUGAAUGCCUGAUACAACUGCACCUCUUCUUUGGCUCCUGGCCGCUGUGUCAGCGUGCGUUGGGGUUCUAAUAUCGCACGCGCCCUCGCAGCACCAAGCAGCACCGAAUCAUUUCUCGCUCCCAUACUGGCAAAACAUUGCGGAGCAGUACAAGCUGCAAAAAAAUAAACACGCGACGCCAUCAUAUUUGGCAGAGGACUGUCUGUCGGUAGCUGUUCGAGGGGAUGGCGCCCAUCAACGAGUCUCAUACGAGCUGACGUGUUCGCCGCGCUUGCUCCUGGCGACCACGGGUGUGCCGAACGCCGCCGGCCAGGUGACCAUCCUUCAGGCACUGCCUCCGGAACUGUUCACGGAUCCCUAUGAGCUUGAGCAGCUGCGGCAGGUUCUGACAGGCGGCAUAGAGGUGUCCCUGUUUGGCCCUCUCGACCUGGAACAACCGGCGCCAGCAUGUCGGGCCACUGUGCUCGGCAUCACCCUGCACAACGUCUCAAGCACCGCCACGAAGCGUGCGGGCCGCUCCGUGUACGCCCGCACCGAGCUGCCCUUCCACACCAAGUAUCCCGCACCUGUGGGUGAGGGUGCGCCAGGCUGCUCUGUAGACCUGUUCCGGAUUGCACCAGGUCCAUCGAACACAGUGCGGUGGCCGGCCCCCCAGCUCCUGUUGCGGUAUGCAGCAGCAGAAGCUGGCGUGGCCACCUCCGAGGAGCAUGAAGGCAAGCCAGGACAGGGCGCCGACGGCGCCAGCUGCCAAGCGGAUGCCGUGGAGAGGCAGGCCGUGGGCAGCUGCAAGGCUGGGGCGGUCGAGGCGGAAGCAGAGGUGGUGGGGACAGCGGCGGAGGGCAAGCGGGGAGCAGGGGAGACAGAGGCAUCGGCAGGGUCGGAGGGGCCAAGCCCACAAGAGGGGCGGUGGAGUGUGAUGGCAGUGAGCCUGCCGAAGCCGCCCACGGUGGUGCUGCCGGCAGGCUGCACGCUGCACGCGCAGGUGGUGUCUGCAAUUACGCUGGUGGUGGCACUGCUAUGCAGUGCUGCCAUCGUUACAGCAGCGCUGUUGUAGGGGUGCAUGAGGCAGACGCUUGGGGCUUUUCUGAUAGCGGACGAUGACGCGCAUUUUGGUUGUUUGGAUAUACCUCCCGCAGAGCAGUUGAAGGAGAGGCUAGGAGCAGAACAUAUGCUGUUACACACGUUGAGG